AUGGUUACUAUCCGAUCUGCGGUUCUCUUCGGGCUUGCACAUCUGUGUCACCUGCAAGCGGUGAGGGCCGUCUCACCGCAGGAAAUUGUGAAAGAUCUGGAGCAUCUUUUGUCGCGAGGGUCCGAAGUCGUGUUGGCGUCGGACGCAGCAUAUGCGGAGGACUUUACAGCUCGCUUCUCAGAAAGCCAUUCACCGUCCUACGUUGUCGGUGCCAAGCCGCAGAAUGCCAAGGACGUCCAGAAAUUGGUGAAAUAUGCAUCCCGUCACAAUGUACCAUUCUUAGCCACUGGCGGUGGCCAUGGCUACUCGUGGUCAUUGGGAACGCUGCAGAACGGGAUCCACGUAGAUCUUGACAAUUUCCAGACAAUCGAGAUUGACGAGGGCGCGAAUACCAUGACCAUUGGCGGUGCCGUGCGAAUUGGGAAUGCAACCCGUGAUCUGCAUGCUGUUGGCAAGGAGUUUCGCCCACUCGGAGGAAUUUACGGGACCGGCUCCGACAAUCUACUGUCGGCAGAAGUGGUCACGGGCACCGGCGAGAUUCUUACCGUAUCGGAAAAAAAACACCCAGACCUGUUCUACGGGUUGAGGGGAGCUGGUUUCAACUACGGUAUCGUUACGUCUCUAACAUACCGGAUCCACCCGGCGACGAAUAAUGGCGAAGUCACCGUCAUUGAUGCCACUUUUCCCGCGGCACUCAACGGCUCUGUCUGGGAAGCAGCACACUCUUUGGUAGGCCAUCAGCCUAAGGAACUCUCUAUUCUGUUCGCCAUUCGCUUCAACGAGACGCUGGGCGGCAUGAGUCUGGUCGGCAGCUUCAUUUUCUUCGGCCCAGAGGCGCAGGCCGUGGAGGCGGCGAAGCCCUUCCUAGACCUGAAUCCCCUCAACGUCGAAGUCAAGACCUCGACCUACGAUGAGUUUUCCCACGUGGCACUCUACGGUGAGGUGGCGGAUAUUGGACCCAAGAAGUCUAUCAACUUCGCGCCCCUCACCAUCAACCUAUACCAGGUCGACGUUGCGAACAUGAUUAAGGUCAUCAACUUCAUGAACCAGACGUUGACAGAAAACGCCGACUUGAAAGCUGCGACCCUCUCAUGGGCCCAGUACCCUCUGGAUGGUUUCCUCAAGUACCCACUUGAAUCGUCGGCGUUUCCUUAUCGGGACGUCGUUGUAUACUUCUCGUACGAUGGUUUUGCCGAGACCACCGAUCAACUUCCAAUUAUGGAAGACUUGGGCAAGGAAGUCCGCGCUUUGCUACAGCAGGGAAGCGGAAAACCCGACCUCCAAACCUACGUCCUGUUCAGCCAUGGUGACGAAGGUCCGGAGGCAUGGUACACUUCAGACAAGCUUCCGCGGCUGAAGCAGUUGAAACGCAAGUACGACCCGAAGAAUCUCUUUUCGUGGUAUAAUCCGGUUCCGAAUAAGGGCCAUAGAGGUGCGGACUCGGAUUGA